UCAUCACGCGCUAGUUGACGCCCACGAACUAUUCUGUCAGUGCGUAGUCGGCCAUAGCGAUUGCGACGAGGACACGCACCGCUUUUGACUGGGUAAGCAAAUCAAAAUCAAACAUCUAGUCUACAUUUCUCCCUCCAUCUAUAUUUGCCCUCUCGGCUAAAUCUCCACCUCCGCAAGACACCUCACCAAACGCAGAAACUGAUUCUAUAUAGGAUUAGCAAGUAUAUACAUCGUUUUCACCGGCGCGUGUUCUUCACCUUCCAAAUGGGUCAGUCAGCUUCCACCGUUAAUUCUUAUACUAAUCGGAUUUCAUCUCCGGCGAUUUUUUCUUCCGAAUCUCAAUCCCUUGAGCGCGCAGAUGAUGUAACUGCUGAUGUUGAUUAUACGGAUUAUAUUCCUGACGAGUGUUUGGCGUACAUUUUCCAAUUCCUCUCUAGCGGGGACCGGAAAAGGUGCUCCUUGGUUUGCCGGCGGUGGUUAGUCGUUGACGGUUGUAGCCGCCAACGGCUUUCUCUACACGCGAAAGUGGAGAUUUUUUCUUAUGUUCCUUCUCUGUUCACGCGAUUCGACUCGGUCACCAAACUCGCUUUGCGGUGUGACCGCAAAUCCAUGAGCUUAAACGAUGAUGCUUUUGUCAUGAUCUCCGUCCGUUGUCAGAAUCUCGAGCGGCUCAAGCUCCGUGGCUGCCGCGAAAUCACCGAUGAUGGUAUGGUUGCAUUUGCUAAAAAUAGCAAGAACUUGAGAAAGCUAUCGUGCGGCUCGUGCGCCUUCGGCGCCAAAGGCAUCAACGCGGUGUUGGAUCACUGCAAGGCGCUGGAGGAGCUUUCCAUUAAGCGUCUCCGUGGAAUCCACGACGGAGCCAAUACGAUCAGAUGCGGAGCCGCUGCUUCAUCUUUGAAAUCAAUUUGCUUGAAGGAGCUAGUCAACGGUCAGUCUUUUGAACAGCUUGUGAUCGGAGCUAAGAAUCUAAAAACCCUAAAAAUUAUUCGGUGUUUGGGUGAUUGGGAUAACGUUCUUCAGAUUAUUGGAAACGGGAACAGUCUCUUGAUUGAUGUUCAUCUUGAAAGGAUUCAAGUGAGUGAUAUUGGUCUUGCAGCGAUCUCGAAAUGGGUAAAUAUGGAGAUUCUGCGCAUUGUGAAAACCCCAGAGUGUUCAAAUUUAGGGCUUGUUUGUGUGGCAGAGAAUUGCAAGCAACUAAGGAAGCUUCACAUAGAUGGAUGGAGGACUAACAGAAUCGGAGAUGAGGGUUUAAUUGCGGUAGCCAAACAAUGUCCGAAUCUGAAAGAGCUGGUUUUGAUUGGGGUUAAUGCAACACAUGUGAGCUUGGCAGCUAUUGCUGAUAAUUGCCAAAAACUGGAAAGAUUAGCACUUUGUGGGAGUGGAAGCAUUGGGGAUCAUGAGAUUGCUUGCAUUGCAGCAAAAUGCAUGGGAUUGAAAAAGCUGUGUAUAAAAGGAUGUGCUAUUUCAGACAUUGCAAUCCAAGCUCUUGCUUAUGGGUGUCCCAAUUUGGUUAAGAUCAAGGUGAAGCAAUGCAGAGGAGUGACCAGUGAAGUUGUGGAAUGUUUGCAGCAGCUAAAAGCCUCACUAGUUGUGAAUUUUGAUGUUGCUAGUGACAAUGAAGGUUUUGAUGUUAGCUUGAGUGAUGGUGGGGUUCAAGAAAGUGGCUUAGAGUUUGCUGUGAUGGGUGGUCAAGUGGUUGUUGCAGAUGGCCAUGGUUCAUCGAAUGCUCAUGGGAGAUUGGCGUUGCUUAGAGCCAAGCUUGGGCUUUUUGCAAGUAGGAAUCUGGUGGGUUGUGCAUUUAGCAGAUUGUCAAACCACUGAAGAUGGUUAGUUCAAAUGACAACUUGUGAAUGUUUUUUAUAAGAUUGACAUUUUCAUGGGAUGAUGUUCUUCCCAGUUUUUCGUAUUGUUCAUUGAUUUUUAUUCAGAAAUUGCAAUGAAGUGGAAACAAGAAUUAUUACA